UCUUCUCUUCUUCUGCCAGAGCUCCUCUCCUCCAACCGCUCCUGGCUCUUCUCCGGCCUGCACUCUGAGCUGCAGCUGACCAGCGUGUUUGUGGACGAGUACCACGACCGACUCUUCCUGGGGGGCAAAGACACACUCUACUCUCUACGCCUGGAUCACACACACACACAUGGAGAGGUUAAAGAGAUCAACUGGCCCCCAUUGCCUGGGAACAGAGAGGAGUGUGUGUCCAACGGCAAAGACUUAGAGACGGAGUGUGCUAAUUUUGUGCGGCUGCUGCAGCCCUUUAACCGGACACAUCUGCUGGCCUGCGGCACUGGAGCCUUCAAACCUGUGUGUGCCCACAUCAAUGUUGGUCACCGUGGAGAGCACGCGUUCUCUCUGGUGCAUUCCUCAGUGGAGAAUGGCAGGGGAAGAUGCCCUCAUGACCCCAACAUGCCCUUUGCCAGCACCUUCACUGGUGGAGAGUUGUACACAGGCCUGACGGCUGAUUUUCUGGGCAGGGACUCAGUGAUCCUGCGGAGCAUGGGCUCCCGCUCUCCCAUGAGGACAGAGACCGACCAGCCGUUACUGCACGAGCCCAAGUUUAUAGCUGCUCACCGUAUCCCUGACAGUGAGGAUCCUGAUGACGAUAAGGUCUACUUCUUCUUCAGUGAACGGGCCGACACAGGCAGCCACGACGGGGCCAUACACACCCGCGUGGGAAGAGUGUGUGUGAAUGAUGCUGGAGGCCAGAGGGUGUUGGUGAACAAAUGGAGCUCUUUCAUCAAAGCCAGACUGGUGUGUUCAGUGCCCGGCCCCCAUGGCAUUGACACACACUUCGACCAACUGGAGGACGUGUUCGUGCUGCGCACUAAAGAUGAGAAAAACCCAGAGAUCUACGCCAUAUUCAGCUCCAUCAGCAAUGUGUUCCAGGGCUAUGCGGUGUGUGUGUUCCGCAUGGCUGAUAUCCGUGAGGUCUUUAACGGACCCUUCGCUCAUAAGGACGGACCUGAUCACCAAUGGGGUCCAUAUGAGGGUCGAGUCCCCUACCCCAGACCUGGAGUGUGUCCCAGUAAGCUGACGGCUCAGCCUGGUCUGGGUCACAGCAGCACCCUGGACUUCCCGGAUGCGGUGCUGCAGUUUGCCCGCGCUCACCCGCUCAUGUGGCGGAGUGUGUACCCCGUGGGUCGUCAGCCCGUGCUGCUGCGCACACACACUCCCUAUCGGCUCACACACAUCACCGUGGACCGCACGCAGGCCGACGACGGACCCUACGACGUCAUGUUCAUUGGCACAGAUGUUGGCACGGUGCUAAAGGUCAUCGCCCUGCGUAACGGAAAUGCCCUGAUGCCAGAGGAAAUCACUCUAGAGGAGCUGCAGGUCUUUAAGGUGCCAACUCCCAUCACCUCCAUGGACAUCUCAGUGAAGAGGCAAGCUCUGUUUGUGGGCUCCGGUGCAGGUGUGGCUCAGGUGCGCCUGCACAGGUGUGACCUGUACGGGGGUGUGUGUGCGGAGUGCUGCCUGGCGCGCGACCCCUACUGCGCCUGGGACGGCAACGCCUGCGUCAGGUUUGCUAGCCACAAGCGCCGCUACCGCAGGCAGGACAUCAGGCACGCCAACCCAGCCCAGCAGUGCAUGGACCAGAACCUCAGUGUAGAGGAGCUGGACAUGGUGGACAGCAGGGUAGUGUAUGGCACAGAGAACAACAGCACCUUCCUGGAGUGUGUACCUCGCUCCCCGCAGGCCACCACCAGCUGGCACCACCAGCGGGACGAGCACACGGAGGAGGUGGUGUACGAUGACAGAGUGCUAAAGAUGGAGGGCGGUCUGCUGUUCCGGCGGGUGACGCUGUCUGACGCGGGCGUGUACGUGUGCCGCUCGCGGGAGCGCGGCUUCUCCCAGGUCAUCUCCCGCGUCUGGCUGGACAUCCUGCGGGCGGACACCCUCUCUGACCUCACGUCCCGCGACGCCAAGCACCGGCCCUGGCUCCCCUGCCCCGCCCACACGGGCCCGGCCAAUCGCGGGCCCUCGCCGCGCUCCUGGUUCAAGGAGGUGCUGCAGCUGAUUGGCCCGCAGGGUCUCCCGGAGGUGGAGCAGUACUGCGAGAGGGUGUGGUGCAGCGACAAGCUCCGCCUCCGCCGCAAGCACAAGACCAUGAUGGAGAAGUACAAGCAGGCGCAGGAGUCGGCACGCAAGUCCCGCAACCGCACGCCCCGCGACACACACACACACACACACACACACCAGAGGGACCAGCGAGAGAGAGAGCUGCAGAGGACUGCUGGACACAAGAACUUUUUGUAAUGAAUUAUACAAAGGGAAAUGGGGAUGACCCACUCCCAUCCUCACACACACACACACACACACACACACACACACACACACACACACACACACACACUCCCAUCCUCACACACACACACACACACACACACACACACACACACACAC